AUGGCAGACCUUCAGCCUGCGUCCGCCUCGCAUCGCGCAAACACAAGACCGCAAGCCGCGUCGCCUGCCGACGAUAGGUCCAUCAAUAUCAGUCAAGCAGCCGACCGCACUGAUCUCAGGACGAUGUCCCACACCAACAGUCUCGGCGGACUCCCGCCAGAAAUCUUCGAUCAUGUCGCCGGCCUCACUACGCCGGAAGAUCUGAUGUCUCUCCGGCUCGUGUCUCGAGACGUCGCGGCCAAGGUCCUCUGCAUCUGCAAGCCUGUUCUCUUCUCGACCAAGAAGAUCAUGCUGUGUCACGAGGCAAGCAUGCUCUCUGCCCUGGAGCAUGCGCAGCAUCCCACCUUGGGAAACGCUAUCCGUCGAAUCGUUCUAUUCGACAACGUUCUUGAAGAUCCAGACGAGUCCUACAUGAGCAUCAAACCCACUCGUGGUUACAUUCGGGAAUGGGAAGGGGCCUACCAGACUCAGAAACGCAUGUUCGGCCACGGAGAUGCUCUUCGCUUACUUACGGACUUUCUCAAGACGGUCUCAAAAAGUGGAGUUCUAUCCGAUCUGCGCAUUCAGAGGUGCGAUGGGACAGAGUUGAGCUCUCGGCAACCGUCCUUACCACGUGGAUGUUACAAAAACAAACAUCCUUCGGACGACUUCUUUCUCAGCACGCUAUUGACGGCGAUCAUUACAUCAGGAUUUGCCGCGGAUACCUUCGCAAUGAUCAUUGACACGAAAUACAAUCUGAGCACAACACUUCUGCCAGUCGUUCAUCACGGAGCUCAGGCCUCGAGCAUGUCUCGGUACGAGCUGGCCUUCUCCAGGUUCAAGGCACUUGAGUUGGUCCUGUCCGUUCAAGACACCCAUCGCUCGUUGGGCGAUGAUACAGAGGCCAUCAGAAAUUUCUGCCGCGCCAAAUUCUGCCAAAAGAUCGUCUCACUCAUCAUAACGGGCGAUUGCCAUUGGGAUAACAGGUUGGAUUCGGAGAGUGAAGAAACCGCUCAUCAGUUCAAUGAGCUGAUGAGCAUGGAGUGUCCUCGCCUGGAGGUGCUGAAACUGCAUGGCUACCAUGUCGAGUGUGAUGCACUAAUGGCUUUUGCCAAACGCCACAAAUGCCUCUCGAAGGCGGCGUUUGGCUACGGAACUCUCAAUGAUGCAUCUGGUCCAAUUGAUUACGAGGAUAAUUGGGACUUCUACCAAGACAUGGCCUCUUCCACUGAGAUCGCGGAGGUGAUACACGAUGAGAAAUUGAUGGGUUGA